AAAAAAAAAAAAAAAGAGAGAGAAGCUUUCCCGGUAUGGCCCCGGUAUUGCUGUGGUUGCUGCCGUUGGCGGUGGCGGCGGCGGCGGGGGGGGGAGAAUCGUUGGAAACGCAACCCCCCGCCUCGGAGCCGGUCUGCCCGGUGUGUCUGUGGCGGCGGCACAGCAAGGAGCUGCGGCUGGAGAGCAUCAAGUCUCAGAUCCUGAGCAAGCUGCGGCUGAAGGAAGCGCCCAACAUCACCCGGGAGGUGGUGAAGCAGCUGCUGCCCAAGGCCCCCCCGCUCCAGCAGCUCCUCGACCUCCACGACUUCCAGGGGGACUCGCUGCAGCCCGACGAGUACCUGGAGGAGGACGAGUACCACGCCACUACCGAGACCGUCAUCAGCAUGGCCCAGGAAACGGACCCCGUGGUGCAGAUCGAGGGCAACCCCCAUUGCUGCUUCUUCAACUUCAGCCCCAAGAUCAUGUUCACCAAGGUGGUGAAGGCGCAGCUGUGGGUGUACCUGCGGCCAGUGCAGCACACCUCCACCGUCUACCUGCAGAUCCUCCGCCUGAAGCCGGUGACGGAGGAAGGCAGCCGCCACAUCCGCAUCCGCUCCCUGAAGAUCGACCUCAACUCCCGCAUCGGGCACUGGCAGAGCAUCGACUUCAAGCACGUGCUGCAGAACUGGUUCAAGCAGCCGCAGAACAACUGGGGCAUCGAGAUCAACGCCUUCGACCCCAACGGCAACGACUUGGCCGUCACCUCGCUGGGACCCGGGGCCGAAGGGCUGCACCCCUUCAUGGAGCUGCGGGUGCUGGAGAACAACAAGCGCUCGCGGCGGAACCUGGGGCUGGACUGCGACGAGCACUCGACCGAGUCGCGCUGCUGCCGCUACCCCCUCACCGUCGACUUCGAAGCCUUCGGCUGGGACUGGAUUAUCGCCCCCAAGAGAUACAAAGCCAACUACUGCUCGGGGCAGUGCGAGUACAUGUUCAUGCAGAAGUACCCCCACACCCACCUGGUGCAGCAGGCCAACCCCCGGGGCUCGGCGGGGCCCUGCUGCACCCCCACCAAGAUGUCCCCCAUCAACAUGCUUUACUUCAACGACAAACAGCAGAUCAUCUACGGCAAGAUCCCGGGCAUGGUGGUUGACAGAUGCGGAUGCUCUUAGAGCCCGGCUGGUGCUGCCCCUCCACCCCGCGCCCCCCUCCGCCAACAAACUCCUCUUUUCUUCCACUGUUUUUUGGGUUUUUUUCGUGAUUUUUUUUUUUUUUU